ACUCGCCCCUCCCACUAUUCCCACCACUGAAGCGCAGCAGCUCGGAUUCGCUGUGAGAGCGGAGUAAAUACGAGGAAGGGAAAUGCAGCAGCCGCGCAGUCUCCGGUAGUAACUAGAGCCGGGAGCCUGACAGGGGAAGGGGAGCGCUAGGCCCUCCUGCACUGCAGCCUUUGACAGGCGACUGAACGAGAACGAGCUGCCCCGUGUUCCUCUGCUGUAGUCGGGAGUGCGCUGUCCCGUGUCUGCUCGUAUCGAGAGCGCGCAGCGGAGCCGGCCAGUCUAUUGGAACUUACCGGGAGGAGGAAGAUGGCGGCCCCGCUCGCCCAGUUCGAUGAGGACUGGCAGGACUUCUACGAGUUCCGAGCCGCCCCCAGUAGUGAGAGCGGCCGCCUGGAUAAGGUGAACUCCAACCCGCCCCCCAGUGAGUCUCGUAUCCAGGGCCCGGGAGGAGCCGGAGCGGUGGUGGCGCUGGAGGAUGUAGCGGAGUUGGACAACGGCUUCUCCAUGGAGAUCAUGGGAGGCUUCAAGUCUAUGGAGGAUCUGGUGAAUGAGUUCGACGAGAAGCUGAGCGUGUGUUUCCGCAACUACAGCACCGACACCGGCACCAUCGCGCCCGUCAGGCCCAUCACUGAGGAGGGAAUCAUGAAGGACGAUCAGAUGUGGAAUGCCUUGACUGAUAACUAUGGCAAUGUAAUGCCUGUUGACUGGAAAACAUCUCAUGCAAGGGCUCUUCAUCUUCCAACCCUGAACCUUUUGGAUAAAGCUGUGAAUGACAAUAUAAAUCUCGACCUGUCUGAUGAUGAGGAGUUAAGAGAGCAGCUAGAUAUGCACUCAAUCAUUGUCUCUUGCAUAAACGAAGAACCGCUUUUCACGGCUGAGCAGGUGAUUGAAGAAAUUGAGGAGAUGAUGCAGGAAUCUCCUGAUCCAGAAGAGGAUGAUACCCCUUGUCAGUCAGACCGUCUUUCCAUGCUUUCCCAGGAGAUCCAGACCCUAAAGAAGUCUUCUACAAAUAGCAGCCAUGAAGCUAAAGUGAAGAGGAUGUCCGUUGCGGAGUUAAAUGACCUGCUUGAAGAAAUUGAGACCGCUAUAAAGGAUUAUUCCGAAGAGUUAAUUCAGCAGUUGGCUUUAAGGGAUGAGCUAGAAUUUGAGAAGGAAGUAAAAAACAGCUUCAUUUCAGUUCUCAUCGAAGUUCAGAACAAACAGAAAGAGCACAAGGAAAAUGUGAAAAAGAAGAGAAAGCUUAAAAGUGCAAAUGCACAGAACGGCACAAAAGAGAGGAGCCACAUGCCAGGAACGCGCUUCAGCAUGGAAGGCUUAUCAAACGUCAUACAGAAUAGCUUUCGCCAGACAUUUGGGAACCCAGGAGGAGAAAAACAGUAUUUGACCACAGUCAUUCCAUAUGAAGAGAAAAACGGGCCACCUUCUGUGGAAGACCUUCAAAUAUUAACUAAAAUUCUCCACGCAAUGAAAGAUGACAGUGAUAAAGUGCCAUCAUUGUUAACGGAUUACAUUUUAAAGGUUCUGUGCCCUACAUAAGGAGUCGUCGGCUGCAGCGGAUGGCAAGCUUAUUGAAUUGGGGAUGUGACAUUUCCUGCGUAUGACACAACGUUUUCGUACAUCUGUUUGCCUUUUAUCUCUGCCCACAGGCAUUACUGCUGCAGCUGUUUUCCUAAGCAUCCUAUUCCUUUUAGCAGCAUGAUGAUCAUCCAGCCGUCUACUCAGGCUGCAAUAACAAGUAAUACACAAGUAAUACACAAAAAAACACAAGAAAUACACAAGAAUACACAGCUUCAUGUAACCAUGGCUCUUUCAGCAAACUCCUCGCCGUGACAUUAAUGCAUAGAGAACAAAUGUACAGUUUUAACCGGUUUUUAUGUGCUGAAAUCUAUUUUUACAUGGAAUGCAACAGACCGGACACUAAUCAUUAUCUUGAACGGUUUGAAGAUGGAGAACGCAAGCUCCUCCCACCGAACAGGCGCUGCCAGCUGAUGCAGCAUCGGAUUUGCAUCAACUUAUUUUCUAUAAAGGGAACAUUUGCAAAUUGCACUGACGUUAUUUUUUUUAAGAAAUGUAGAAAGUAAGGGGGGGGGGAAAUAGUCUAUAAACACUACAGAAAUAGUCAAUUCUAGUCUGAGCUCACAUCGAAAUAGUGUAAGGCAGGUUUUAUGGUUUUAAUUGCCCAGUCUCUAUAUAAAGUGUUGCUCUAGUCUCAAUCCCUGCAGCUUUUCAUGUAGAAGAAUAUUAGCUUGGGUAUAGUAAUUGAGUGACAUAACGAUAGAACUGGGAACAUUAGAUCCAGUUAUGUUGAUAGAAUUGCCCCCCUUUGUCUCUGUUUUUUUACUACAGGUAUGGGACCCGUUAUCCAGAAAGCUCCGAAUUACAGAAAGGCCAUUUCCCAUAGACUUUUUUUAAAAAAAUGAUUUCCUUUUUCUCUGUAGUAAUAAAACAAUACCUUGCACUUGAUCCCAACUAAGAUAUAAUUCAUCCUUAUUGGAAACAAAACGAGCCUGUUGGGAUUAUUUAAUGUUUAAAUGACUUUUUAGCAGCCUUAAGGUAUGAAGAUCCAAAUUACAGAAAGAUCCGUUAUCUGGAAAAAUCCAGGUCCCAAGCAUUCUAGAUAACAGGUCCCAUACCGGUACAAUUGAAAGAUGAGAAGCCAUAUAUCUUCCCACCUUUGGCUUUUAGGGUAUUUAAUAUUUUUUAAGACAUAGACAUAAUAAAAGCCCAAAACCUAUUUUAAAACGAGUAAAAUAAGAAAAGCAUUAGGUUGGGUAGAGCACAAGGGCUGCCCCUGUACAAAUCCCUACUAAUAUUGUUAUUCUGGUGCAGUAAAGCAACAACGGGCCUUCUCUCCUGCUCUCACCUCAUCAGUUCAAUGUGCACAAUUAAACGUAUUUUUUUGAAAUGUUUACUUUUACAUAACAGUAUUAUUUUUAAAAUAAAGGAAAUAAAAUAAAUUGCAGUGACGUGAUUUCACUUUCAUGUUAACGGAGAUAUUAAGCGAGUCGUCUUAUGGAACUGAAGUGCUAGAUGUGUAUUGCGUUCGUAGCCUUUGCCCUGCCCCAUGAAAAGGGAAUACCUUGCACUUGCCCUGCUUGUAACUGAGGAAAUAAAACUGUACAAAGUGUAUUUUAGUAUAUUAUUAAACUCGGCUUUAUGGAGCA